GCCUGCGUGGUGGAAUACAAGCGAAGCGGAGGGGGUCGGCGGGCAAGAUGGCUGCUCCUGCGGCAGGUAUGGGCCGGCUAGAGGAAGAAGCGUUGCGGCGAAAGGAACGGCUGAAGGCCCUACGAGAGAAAACCGGGCGCAAGGACAAGGAAGAUGGGGAGCCCAAGACCAAGCAGCUCAGAGAAGGGGAGCAGGAGGAGGAGGAGGGCGAGAAGCACAGGGAGCUCCGGCUGCGGAACUACGUCCCCGAGGACGAGGCCCUGAAGAAGAGGAGGGUGCCGCAGGCCAAGCCGGUUGCAGUGGAAGAGAAGGUGAAGGAGCAGCUGGAGGCCGCCAAGCCCGAGCCCAUCAUUGAGGAAGUGGACCUGGCCAACCUCGCACCCCGGAAGCCUGACUGGGACCUCAAGAGAGACGUCGCCAAGAAGCUGGAGAAGUUGGAGAAGCGGACCCAGAGGGCCAUCGCCGAGCUGAUCCGUGAGAGGCUGAAAGGCCAGGAGGACAGCCUGGCCUCUGCGGUGGAGGCCAGCACCGGGCAGGAGGCCUGCGACUCGGACUGAGGCCUGCCCUGCCCCUGCGCCCGCCCGCCCGCCCGGAGGAGGACGCUCUUGGACCGGGCGGGGCCGAGCUUGCCGUCUCUUCUUCCAGCUCGCCUGCGGAGUGCAGCUCCGGGCGCUGUCAGUGUGAACCCCGCCUGGGGUGCGGUCCGCUCCUCACCUGCCGAGGGGUCCCCGCCACCUGAGUGGGGGCAGAGCCACCAUCAGAGGGGGCGGCAGCGGUUCCGCGGGCCUGCGCUGUCUGUGAAUACGUAUCACGUGUCAUGAACUUUGUUUUUUAGUUCUGGAAAAAGAAGCCAGCAGA